UGAACUUGGAGUACUUGCCACCAAUGGAGAUCUGGGCCAACAUGGACGCGGUGCUGCUAGGUGAGACAGGACCCGCCGACCCAGAGCUCCUCACUCCCGUCGUCGACACCACUGACUCGCUAUCCACACCCACACUGUCAUCAUCCUCAACGUCUACGAUGUUCACAAACCUGUCAUUACCAGAGACACCAUCUAUUCUGUCACAGGUGUUGACGAACCCCACAAGGCGACGCCCCCACUCCCUGCAGUACACAUCUGUUUGCCCCCCGAGUGAGCCUCUUCUUAGUGGUCUCGGGGAAGAGAGUCAGGGAGGAUACAACGUCCCAGGAGAGGAAAACCAGCAGUACCGUGGGGCGUCUCCGUCCUCCACCCACAUGGACACCAGCUACCAUGACCAGUUCUCUCCCUCCUUCCGUGUCUUCGGUGAGGGACUCGAGGUGGAAGACUAUGUGGCGCAAGAAAUGAACAGUGCGCAGUACAACCCUAACGCGAUGGACGAGACACCGAUGGCCCAUUCUGAAGAGUUCAUCGACCUGGACGAAUUUGCUAAUAAAGUUGCCAAUGAAGUUGCCAAUAAGGCAGAACACCAGUUCCCUCCCCCUGAAGCUUCAGCAAACUUACCCUCCAUCAACACACUCCAGCAAAGGGUCUUUACCAAUGAAGUUGCCAAUAAGGCGGAAGAACACCAGUUCCCUCCUCUUGAAGCUCUUGCAAAGCUGCCCCCCAUCAAUACACUCCAGCCAAGGGCCCACACCCUCGCUUUCAACACAUACAUCACUACAUUGCCGCCCGUGUCAACCGUCACUGAGGCGCAGCACCAACACCAGCUCCAGCAGCAACAGCAGCAGCAGCAGCAACAGCAGCAGCAACUUCAACAGCAGCAUCAGCAACACCAGCUCCAUCAACAGCAGUUCCAGCAGCAGCAGCAACAGCAUCAACAGCAGCUCCAGCAGCAGCAGCAGCAGCAGCAUCAACAACACCACCUUCAGCAGCAACACCAGCAACAGCAGCAACAAGACAACGGUGCACCGCCCCUCGUGGCCCCUGCACCUUCAUCACCACCACAGUGCCCAAGCUCGCAAGGUGGAACACAGGUCAACUAUACCCAUGGCCAGAUGUCUCCACCAGCGUCUCCGGAACACGAAGAAUUGACCCCUGGUGUACGGGUGUCAGGUUGCAUUACACCUCUCACCACUCACGCCCGCACCAGGCAAACUCUUCACACACAGGUCAAGGUCAUGACACCACCAUCUUCACCUAACUUCCCAAGCUCUGAGCUCAGCAAACAGAUCAGCCAAGAGUCAUCCACGCCGUCCCCGCCUGGCGACACUGAAAGAAAGGUGACCAAGAAACCAACGGGACGCAAGAAGAUAACAGCGCACACCUGCCAACACCCGGGCUGCCACAAGACCUACACAAAGUCAUCACAUCUGAAAGCUCAUCUGCGUACUCAUACGGGCGAGAAGCCCUACAUGUGUGGCUGGAAGGGCUGCGGCUGGAAGUUCGCGAGGUCAGAUGAACUAACGAGGCACCACCGUAAGCACACGGGCGACCGACCCUUCCAGUGUCGCCUGUGCGAGCGAGCCUUCUCGCGUUCAGACCACCUCAGUCUCCACAUGAAGCGACAUGUGAGCGUGUAGCCGCCCACACGCCACACUGUACAUACAUCCUCGGUGUACAAAGGCUGGGCGGCGGCGCCCAGGCCUGACCCAAGUUACCAGGAGGCUCCCUCCACCCGCACCCGACGCGCUCGCACACACACCCGCUCCUGACCCACUUUUUAAUCUUGUGUAAAUCCGUUGCGUCGCUCAGUAAUAGCGAGAGCAGGCGGGGGGGAGGGGGUGAUCUGCAUAAAGACUGGCGCAUUAACCCAGGUAAUUGGUGACGGUAACAACCGAGGCAAACAACGGCGGUAGUAAAAGUGUUGGGAUGGCACUGUAGGCAGCCCAAGCCGCCAUCACUUGGUACUCACCCCUUCACUGUCACCCCUGCCCCGCCCCGUAACCCUAGCCUGCCCCGCCCCGUAACCCUAGCCUGCCCCGCCCCGUAACACUAGCCUGCCCCUUAUCCACGUUCCACCCCCCCUACCCUUGCCCUGCCCCUGACCGCUCCCUCAACCUAUCCGUAUACACCAUCUGUUCAACAGUCCAUUUCCCUCCCAUAAUAGACCAUCGCUGCCCAACGCAUCAGGGUAUACAGUACACGGUAAUCAGGCAGUAAUGUGCCUCCGUAUAGUAUAUAAUAUGACACUCAGUUAGAAGUGAAGAAAGUAUUCAUCGUGAAAAGGAUGAUGAUGACGUCAGCUGGAUUUUCUCCUGUGCAGAGUAAAGAAAAUUUGACUGAGCUAAGAGACUCGCUAAGAAUGAAGAUUUCCAGAGAGGCUGAGGAGAAAAAAAAGAAAAAAAAAGAGCAAUAUAGAUGUAAGGAAAAUGGAAAAAGUGGAAAAAGACGAAGAGGUAAGGAAAGGGGGCAGCAGUAAUGGAGAUGUAAAUUUAUUGAAAAGUUUG